GUAACAUUAAGGUACUAUUAGCUACGUUUUCAGCUCAGACAAGAACAACUUGUGUCCUACUAUCUGCAUGAUUGAAAUGAGGGGGUAUCUUACAACUUCAAACUGGAUAGUUAAACUCCAGCCCAAACGAACUACAGUGGGAAGACACAAGGAUUCUCAUCUCUGUCUGCUGAAUGGUGGUGUGGAUGAGCACCAUGCUACUAUAGAAUGGAAUGAGGCUGAGAACUGCUAUGUUCUGAAUGACCUGAAUUCUGUACAUGGCACUUAUGUCAAUGACUGUCGCAUACACAAUGCCGCAGUGCGCCUUACACAAGGAGACGAGCUUCACUUUGGCUAUGGAGGCUCAGCAUAUCAGCUCUUAAUGGACACUUCAGACCCACUCCCUUUUCUACCUGCCCAGUCUGCUGUGCCACCAGCUCGAGUGAGGAGUCAGGCACGCUCUCCUCCCAUAACCCCUCACCCCCCACGCAGGCCCCGGCCAGCAAGCGCAGGAGCUAAGCGGACCAAUUCGGGCCAGAAGACAGCAGAACUCAGGGGCCACUUUCACAGACCAGGAUGCUGGACCAUUGGCUCAGGAAGAGAACUCUCUUUUAGAGCUCUUGCAGCAUCGCGUAGUUCUCACAGCAUGCAGGACUUAUUCCAGAACAAAGAGGAGGGCUGGCUGGGGUGUGGGAUGAACCUGAAUGAUACACUUGUGGGAGAAGCUCAGAGGAAUGAGAAUGUUAUUGCGGCUUUAAGGGAAGAGGUGUCAGCGCUCCGGCUGCAGCUCUCUCAGAGCGGCCAGAGCGACUCAGACAUCAGGCACAAACUCCGCAGUCUGGCCAAAGACAUACAUGAGAAGAAAGAGGAGAUACAGCAGCUGAAGGAGCAGAUGCUGGAGAUGCAGAGCAGUUCUGGUGAGCUUACUCGGCAGGCUAUAGCAGACAGAGAUCAGAGCAUCAGUAGGCUCCGGGCACAGCUCAGUAACCUGAAGGGUGAAAGCAGCAAGUCUACAGCACUGGUAAACAGUCUACAGAAGGACCUGUUGGCUCGGGAGAAGCAGACAGUAAAGCUGGCUGCUGAAGUGGACAAGCUCCGACAGGACAUGAGACACAAGGAUGCUCAGCUUAGCAACAUGUCUGCCAAGUUAUCAAAGAUGAAAGAGACAAUGAAAUGUCAGGAGGAGCUUCAAGCCAAGGAAAAGGAAGUGGAAUCCCUCAAGAAGGCUGUGCAGCAGUUGGAGCUGACCCUAGGCGAGAAGGGGAAAGAGCUGAAGAAGCGAGAUGCAGAGUGGGAUUCACUUAAACAAAGACUGGUGCAGAUGGCAAAGGAAAAAGCCUCUCUGCAGACUGAGGUGGACAAGCUCAACGUAUUGCAGCAGCAAACACUUCAGAGAGAACAGAGUGCCCAGACAGAGCAGAGACACACACAGACAAGGCUUGAGAACCUUCGCAGCCAGAUCAUAAAACGCAUGCAUUUAACAUCCGAAACAAUAACAGAGGAAGAGCUGUUGGAACGUUUGUCAGACCUAGCAGAACAGAAAGAGUUGCUCAGAUCCAGAAUACAGGAGAUGGAACAAAAACUGCAGGAACACAAAGAGAACCAGAGGAUGAUGGAAGAAGACACCGAGAAACUCAAGGCUAGACUGAACGAAUGCCAGAGUCAUGUAGAGAAUGUAUUUAUGAUGGACUCGAUUAAGAGCCAAAUAUCUGCUCUCCGGGAUGAGAGUGUGUGUCCUGCAAUCAGCUGGGUUCAGACGCUGACACUGUCGAUACUGAUAAGUUUACACACUGUACUACAGAAUGCUGUAGACAGACUGCAGGCUGCAGGGAUAGAGGUUUCAGAGACGACUGGAGGAGUCUCAGGGGCCAUAAAGACUCUGUGCCUACGGCACAUAGAGGUCCAGUCAGAGUUCAGGAGUCUGAAGGCAGCCAUGGAGCAGUUUGAAGAGAGAGAAAGCCAAACAGAUGAAUUGCAGAACAGACUAGAGGCCAUGAGGCAGGAACUGGAGCAGCAGAAACUACAGGUUGCCGAGGUGGAGAACACACUGAAACAGCAAAUAGAGAAAAUGAAGACUAAUCUGGAGUCAGCCAGAAACGUUGAAGUGGCUUUGCGUUUGGAUAUGGAAACACAGGAAGGAGAGUGGCUUGCCAAACUGCAGGAAGCGGAGAGGAGAGAAACAGACCUAAGGGAGAGGGUCAGAGAAGGAGAGUGCCGAGAGGAGCAGUGGAGGGGAAGAAUAAAGGAGGAGGAAGACAGGGAGGGAGAGUGGAUUAGGAGAGUGGAGGAGGCCUUGCGGAGAGGAGCAGAGGAGGAGAGGGAGAGGUCAAGAGUGGAGAUUGAGGAAUAUCGGGAGCAGGUUCGGCAACACGCUCACACCAUUGUUGCCAUGGAAAAACGCGUGAACACAGCUGAGCAGACAAAGAGAGAGAUGCAGGAGGAAAGAGACACACUAACAGAGCGCCUCACAGAGGCACUCAGUAGACUGGAGGAUGGUAAAGACACUGCAGUACUAGAACAAUCAAAAGAGUUACAGAACCUGGAGCAGACCGUGGCAUCUCUCAGGGCGUCACUUCGAGUUUCCCAGCUGGAAGUUGUCAGGCAGGGUGAGGUCAUCACUUCUCUGAGUCAUGACCUGGCCCAGGCCCAUGCUCGACUCUCUGACCUUACAGGGGAACUGAGUGAGCAGCAGAAGUUUGAGCUGGAGACACACAGAGCUUUGGUGGUAGACCAGAGGAUGCAGCUGAGCAUGCUCACACAGAAGCUAACCAUGGCCACACAACUGGUAGAACAGAAAGAUGAGGAACUGAAGAUUCUGACCGAGAAACUGGCCAAAACCGAGAGAGAGAAGAGAGAGCUAAACGAGAGCCAGGCCCAGGGCUACACAAACCUUGGCUCCCUUCUAAUAACGCCACACACUAAGGAUGUGGCUGUCAUGGUGAGUCCCAGCAAUCGGAUUACGCACAGGUCAAAGUGCAAAGGUCAUCGGCGUGAAGAAAUGAUCCAUCAGCAGAAGGAAACUCUCAGUGAAAUGAAAGAGCGGAUCAGAGCUGUUGAACUGAAGUGGCCCAGCAAAUUGUUAGCCCAGCAGAGGGAGCCAGUGAGACAGAAUCAAAGGCUUCAGAACCCUGCAGUGCAAAAGGGAUCUGUCAGCUUUGUGGGUGGCUUUGCAUUCCCUGAGGCCCUGCGGGAGACUGCAGUGGAACGCAUGGCGAGGCUGGACAUGUCUGACGCUCUGGAGCUCAGCGAGAGUACGUACGUGGAUCUGGCACGGGCACUGUGUGAAGCGCUGGAGCUGAGCGAGGGGCAACUUUCAGGAUGUGUCCCAUUGAAGCACCUCCCGCCUAGGGAGAGAGAGCGGCUGGCCUCCCUCCGACAGGAAGACCUGGAGAUGUUCCGGAGCCGGCUGGCUCUGCUGAGCACCCAGAAUCGGGACAAAGAGCUACUUCUACAUGAGAGCCAGAAGGAGAUACAAACACUCAGGGAGAGCCACGCUGAAGGCCAGAAACUGCAGGUUGAGUUGCAGACCGAGCUGGACACUCUGAAGCAAGAGAGUGAUAAGCUCCAGCUGGCCCUCCAGCACACACGUGCUGAGCUGCAGCAGGAACGGGAACAUCGUGGCAAUGGCCACAGGGACCGCAAGGCUCUGAAUAUGGAGAGAACGGAGGGCAGGAGUAAACGAGUGGGCCAUCACAACUGUGUACCAGAUGAGAGCUGUUACAAGGUCACCGUGCUGAAACGACUAAGGCAGCAAGAGAGGAGGAGGAGGAGAGAGGAAGAGGCAGACGUUCUGAGGAGGCGGCAGGUGAUCAGCACAAUGGCCUCUCCACAAACCAGCUUGCCACUGCGACAGCAGAGCACUGAGCUUGCCGAGGCUCACUGAGCAAGAAACGUGGGUUCAGCCCAAGCAAAGUCAGCACAAACAUUGCUCUUUGCAUUAAAAAGAGCAUCUUUUAAUCAAUAUUUGUUAUGUCCAUCUCUGAUUUGCCAAAAGAUCUGGAUGUAUUUGCUGCAGCAAUUAUACAUUAUGAUUUUAUGAGAUUUUAUUCUGGGAUGAUAACCACUUGCGAAGAAUUGCUAUACUUGUCUCUGCACUUCGAACAGGUGUGGAUUUUUAAAUAGGUCUGUUUUAAAUAUAACUGCACAUUUUCACUUAGACUGCAGGGAAGAAAUUUGCUAAUUAGAAAUGUGCAGCUUACAGUCAGAGCCCAGAAUCAAACACACCCUGCACCAGCUGUUAUGAAGCUAAUGAUCUGUUAGUUCUGUGAGAGCGGCCUAAUCUUAUACUCACCCACACACUCCCCUCCACCCUCACACAUCCACACCCACAAACAUUUUGUUGCAGUUGCACUGUGUUGCUAUCUGUGAAGGUUAUCUUGUGUUUUGCUGCACCCUCACAAGUGGCCACACUAUCACGAUGACUCACAGCUCUGGAAUUCCAGUGUGGCCCUGCAAAGUUAGUGAGUAGGCAUCCUAUACUCAUCAUAGAUCGUUUUUUUCCACAAGAAGUGUCUGUAGAGCAAAAAGAUCUCUGAUGUGUCCCUUUCUAUUUUAUACAGACUGCUAUUUGCUGCUGUUAAAUUAUGUAUUACUACAAGUCACUCUAUUGCCAUUUGAGCACUUACAUAAGAUACACUUCUGACUUCAAAUGUUGUAUGUUUGUCUCCAGGAACAAGUAUGCAGUUUAUAUAUUCAUACUGUUUAUAUAUUCAAUCACAGUAGUUUAAAAAAAUACAAUUGCUUAAAACCCUUUUUUUCCCCAUUCUCUAUACCAUAUUCCUUUCUUCCUCAAAACUUGUUGGGACCAGCAUGCGUAUUCAUUUUUCUUUGUCUGUGUUUCUGCAUAUCUCUUGCUCUCUCUCACUCACUUUCUUUCUCACUCCAUAAAGGAGGAAGGUGUUGGUAAUGAUGACUGAAUCAUCAUUUUUGUUCUCUGAGAUAACAAUGUUGCAAAGGACUACAGACAGGCCUGUAACAUCACAGCAUUAAUAGAAACAGAUAGCACAACAGAAUAGUGUAAAACAAAAAAAGAUAUAUGGACUGCUAUGUGUUUUUGUGUAUGGCUGAUGGUUUGUGGGAUGUUGGAUGUUUUUACAUUCCUUGAACAUAAAUCAUUACUGUGUUUAUUCAGAGCUGCAGAGCUAAUGUGGUUAGUCUUUUGCUUUCUUCCAGUGACUUGCUGCUGUGACAUAAUGUGUGUACUUUUUAUGAUCAGUGUUGAUGGCCAGUGACCCACAUUGCUCAGUAGGAAAAGAGAAGCAGAUAGGAAUUUCAGGUUUUCUACUUGGCCGAAGUCUAUGGCCAAGUCAGUGUGUCAUGACAGUUUGGAGAAGUUUGACUUUCAGUAUAAAAUAAUAUGUACUGAGAAGUUUCCAGCAAAACACA